AUGCUUUGUUUGGGCUGGGUGUUCCUUUGGUUUGUUGCGGGGGACCGGACCUCAGGGUUUAAUCAUUCAGCUUGUGCCACCAGGAACGUUCUGUGGAUAUAUUCUAUGGGAAGUGUGAAGGAUCUUGUCCUAUUUUGUGACUUACAAGAGCUUUGGAAGCAAGAUUUCUCCCGUGUCAGUCAAACGUCACCCACAGGAGGCCCUGCUCCCACGCGCUGCAGUGGUCAUGAGGACCUAGCUGCCGUCCAGUGGUACAAGCAGCCUCAGCAGGGAGGGCCGCUGGAGGAGAUCAGCAGAGGCUCCGCUCGUGUGCAGGACAAAGGCGUGCUGCAUACAGUGGCCUCCCGGGAGAACAGUGCUUCAUCAUAUAUUUGCAGACCCAGAAUUAGGAGCCCCCAGGAUACGGCUUGCUGUAUCAGGACAGUCUUAAAGGUUAAGCCUCAGAGAAAUGAGUCCUGUGGGGACGAAGCACACGCGGAGCAAAUCCUGUUUCUUGGUAGCACUGGCUCCAUUCACUGCCCCAGCCUCAGCUGCCAGAGUGACCUGCAGCGCCCGAGGAUGACCUGGUACCAGGAUGGAAGACUCCUGCGUGAUUAUAAAGAAAAUCCAAUUGAGAUGGAGGCUAUCUACGAUUUUCACGAGGGCCUGUAUGUGUGUGAUUACGUGCAGUCAGAUAAUCUGAGCUCCUGGACAGUCCGAGCUGUGGUCCGAGUGAAAACCAUCGAAAAGGACAUCAACCUGAAGCCGGACAUCCUGGAUCCCGUCACAGACACGCUGGAAGUGGAGCUUGGGAAGUCUUUAACUCUACGUUGCAAAGUACAGUUUGGCUUCCAAAAAGAGUUAAAGCCUGUCAUAAGGUGGUAUGCCAAAGAGUCUACAUGGGAGUGGGAGCUCCUAGAAUCUGAAAACAAAAGCACCGACUCCACGGCCAAGAGCAAAGUCAUCGAAGCCACCGCUUUCCUGAGAGAAGUCACAUGGCGAGAUCUCCGCAGAGAGUUCGUUUGCUUUGCCCAGAACUCCAUCGGGAACACAACACGGAGUGUGCAGCUGAGGAAGAAGGACGGAGCCGUGUUCGUGCCCCUCCUCCUCGGCACGGCUGUGGUGCUGGUUGGCGUUCUGGUGGCAGCUGCCUUGCUCUACUGGUACUGGAUUGAAAUUGUCCUGCUGUGUCGAAUCUGCAGGAGCAAGGAUGGCACUCCGAGGGAUACGAAGGAAUUUGAUGCUUUUGUAUCCUAUGCACACUGGAGUUCUCCGGAGAGGGAGGGCACCGGAUCUGUGAGUGAGGAACACUUGGCCCUGAACCUGUUCCCAGAAGUGCUGGAAAACAGAUAUGGAUACAGCUUAUGUUUGCUUGAAAGAGAUGUGACUCCUGGAGGAGUGUACGCAGACGACAUUGUGAGUGUCAUCAAGAAAAGCCGAAGAGGAAUAUUCAUCCUGAGUCCCAGCUAUGUCAACGGACCCUGCAUCUUUGAGCUACAAGCAGCAGUGAGCCUUGCCUUGGUUGAUCAGACGCUGAAAUUGAUUUUAAUUAAAUUCUCUUCCUUCCAAGAGCCAGACUCUCUACCCGAGCUUGUCAAGAAGGCCCUGCGGGUUCUCCCCACAGUCACAUGGAAAGGCGUGAAGUCAGCCCACGCUAGUUCCAGGUUCUGGAUGCAAGUGUGUUACCAUAUGCCUGUGAAGAACUCCAGUGGGUUUGUGUUCAAUAGGCUCAGAGCUAUCCUGAGGGGGUUCUCCCCCGGAAAGGACCUGGUAGGACAGAAGCCAGUGGGAGGAGUGCCCAGCGCAGGAACCCCUCCUCUCCAGCCACCAGAAGAAGUGCUGAUGGGUGGGGCCUGCUGCCUGGACCCGGCUGGGAACGGGAGCAAGAAAGAAAAGCGCGAAUCGUCCCAGAAGCAGCAGGAGAACUAUUUGACCUUCCCCCGCACAGAGGGUGUGGUGAAGGGGGGGCUGAGCCUCCAGGUGGGGACACUCAAGUCGGAGGAGCUCAGAAGUCUGUUUUCCCUUCCGGGAUCCCCAGCCUCAGGCAAGGAUGCCCUGGAAGCUGUUCCUUCUGGCUUCCAGCCGUAA